UUGGUGGUGGGUGUGGGUGCUUGCCAUGGAGCGGGCUGCGCUGCGGCCUCGGGAUGAGCAGAGGAGAUGGCUCCAGGACUAUGUCGCAGCCAGAGGAAAGCCAAAAUGCUCGAGUGCAAGACCCUUUCUAAAGGACCGGACGAAUCAUCCAAAUCCUCCCUUAGAACCAGUUUCUAAAUUGCAGCAUGCUGACAGCAACAAGAAGGAUGUUCUUGGGAGCAAGGGGAAGGGUGAUGGUGAGGUUGGUGCCAAACCCAAGUGGCGUGCAGGCCAUGCUUCAAGCACUGACCCCACUGCAGCACCUCCGACUGGAGGGGACCACCCCUCUCCUGGGACAGCUUGCCCUCCAAAUGAGGGUCUGGAGGACAGACUGGUGUGCAACAGAGAGAACGACUGUGCACCGACCUCCACACGCAUCCUGGCUCACAGGCAAGGCUCAGCCACAAAGCCAAGAACAGGCAUGGGCCCAAAGGACAGAAGGAAUAACCACCAGGUUAAGGAAGAGCCAUCUGAGGAUAGAUUGAGGAAAACCCUGCUAGGCUCAAAGAACACGUCUCAAAACCCAAGUACCAAAACUCUGCAGUCCCCUUGGCCACGCGCUGCUACCUGCUCUAAUCCUUUGCUACCUAAAAACCCAGGGGCAAACCAGGCAAAACCAACCACAGGAAGGCAGGCUCCAGAGAAACCACUCUGCACGUUCCCAGUGGGAGUCCUUGAGCGCCAGAGUAGAACCCUUCACAUGAGAAGAUCUCCCACACAGCCUCUGGCCUCUGGUGGGCCCCAGGGCUCCACAAACCUGAACAGCCUGAAGCCAGGGGGCCCUGUGCCGUGGCAAAGGUCCCUGGCUAAAGGGGAGGUGGACAGGAGGGGCAUGAAGGUGAUGCCUCCCAGAUGUGCAGCAGCAUCGCAAGGGACAGUCCCCCACAACCAGCCUUGCAGCACACAUGGCUCCAAAACUCAAGCAGCUGAAGGCAAUUGUACGAGGAAAGAGAGGCUUAAACCAGAGCUGCCGACGACACGUGGCAUACAGGCGAGGCGUGUUCCCAAGAACCCGGCAGCAGAUCGCAGGAAACAGCUGGAAGAGUGGUUGGCAUCCAAAGGCAAGACGUACAAACGGCCACCUAUGGUGCUGCUACAGAAGAAGGCAGUGGAGCUGCCCUGCAGAAAUGUCAAGGAGAAAGAAAAGCAGGAGAAACCAGAGGAGCAUUGCUUGGGGAAGGUCAAUGAUGUAUUAACCGAGUGCUUGAAGCUCAUUGAGGAGGGUGUUGAGACCGAGGAGAUCUUGGAGGUGAUGUCCCAUGUGCCCCAGGCAGAGAAAUGUGCCAAAUUCUGGGUCUGCAAAGCGAAGCUGCUGGCGCGGAGUGGCCCCUUUGAUGCAGAGAGGCUGUACAGAGCUGCAGUCUGUGCUGGUGCUGUGCCGCUGCACGAGGUCAGAAGAGUUGUCUUUAAUAUUCUGAAGGCUGAAGACCAAGCACCAGAAGGGGCAAAGUCACAUCCAGGCCCUGAGGAGCCCAAGACCCCGAGGCAGCCCUGCCUGCCAGGCAGGUCCCUGACCAGCCUGCCUCCUUCAAUCAAGUUAAAGGUUACCUCUGCGCCCAGAGAGAAGGAGCUGCUGCAAGGCCCAGAGGUGAAAUUCCUGACGCCUGUGCGGCGCUCACUGCGCAUAGAGCGGGCUGGGAGCCGCUACCUGGAGCUGCUGAAGGACCAUGACCCAGUGGUGUCAUCCCUCACUGAGAUCCUGGAUGCUGAGGAGGAGACUCAGUUCUUCUUCCGGAGGAACAAGGCUUUGCCAGAGGUGGCGGAGCUGGAGGGGCUCAGUUUGUAUCCAUCCCCCUGAGAGCUGCUGCCCUGCACUUCACAGACUCCUCUUGUUGCCUGUCAGCUGUAAAUACGUAUGUGUUGUACAUGAUAAUAAGCCUGUUUUUAAAUAUAU